AUGAAUGAAAGCACCAACGAGAGGAGGUUUUUUAACUAUCCUAAGCCUCACCAGGGGCCUCGUGUUCCAUAUGCCAUUGAGAGGAACCCGAAUCCUGUCAUCAGAGGACGUCUCCUCGUCGUGGCAGCAUUCAUAAUGGAAUGGGUUCGAUUUAUUCGUGAAAUCGCGUGGUCAAACGCCGGUUUCGCUUCGCUCCGGAAGAUCCGGACUUAUCUCGAGCAUUACGAACCACGCUAUGAUCCGACCGUCGUCCCACUCGCCCUAUCAGAAGCCGAAGCAAAAGAACGCGGUGAAAGAGUCCAAAUUUCCAACCUGCAACAAGAAAACACUACGCAAAGACCCAGCACGUCUAAAUUCUACUCAGCGGCUGAUUAUAGGGACUUAUAUCUAUCCGGGGAAUUGACGCCAGUUGACGUGGUCAGGGCGAUCCUGCCUCUUGUCCAGCUUGAUGGCCAGCGAGGAAAACAUGCGAAUGCUUGGAGGGAACUCAACAUUGAUCAGAUCAUGAGAGCUGCUGAGGCUUCGACCGAGAGGUACAAGAAUAAGCAGCCUCUUGGUCCGCUUGACGGAGUACCCUCUGCUAUCAAAGAUGACUACGACUUAGACGGAUACUCCACAACUCUUGGCUCUUGUAGAGAAUACGCCAAAGAACCUGCCAAAGGAGAAUCAAACACAAGCUGGAUCGUGCGAAAGCUCGAAGAAGCCGGAGUCGUUAUCAUCGGAAAACUCGCCAUGCAUGAGUAUGGUCUGGAUACGACCGGAAAUAACCCCAAUCAGGGCACUCCACACAACCCAUUCAAUUCAGGCUAUUAUACCGGCGGCAGUUCCUCUGGUCCUGCAUAUGCCGUUAGUUCCGGGCUAAUUCCCCUCGCGUUGGGCAGUGAUGGCGGUGGAAGCAUUCGCAUCCCUGGAUCUUUCUGCUCGGUGUUUGGUCUCAAGCCUACGCAUGAGCGACUUACCUCUUGGCCUGGUGCCAACCAUUCGCCUACGUGUGCAGUGCAGGGCCCUCUCGCUGUUGAUAUGCGAUCCUUGGCCGCUGCGUAUGAAGCCAUCGCCGAGCCGCAUCCUUCAACCCAGUUCCCGCCUUUAGCUCUUCAACCAUCACCCCCAGUGACGAAAGUCCUAGGAAUUUUUGAUGCAUGGAUUUCACGCGCGGAGCCUGGUGUUCAGUCGUUAGUUCGCGGCAUGGUUGAGUCUUUGGCUGCCAAGCACGGGUAUACUCUCGUCCCGAUUGAAAUUCCCUUUCCCGCUGAAGGUCAGAUGGCGCAUGCACUUACUGUUCUGACCGAUGCAUCGACUUUACUCUUUGAUACUUCAGGACUUACGCCGGCAAACAAGAUUCUCCUGGCUCUUGGUCGAACUACUCCUGCUACUGAUUACUUGCUGGCCCAGAAGUUCCGAGGAAUGAUGAUGGAGCACCUGGCAUAUCUGUGGAAGACAUACCCAGGUAUGCUGAUCAUCACACCCACUACAGCCUGUGCAGGUGCAGUUAUCCGGGGUGGAAAGUCUGAGUUGUCUUUUGGCGUUAACGACGGAAACUACACACUUCAAAGUAUGGAAUAUGUGUGGCUGGCCAACUUCUGCGGCCUCCCUGCCAUCACCGUUCCCGCUGGAUAUGUUGUGCCCGAAGGCAGCAAGGGCGCUGGAGAAGUUGCCGACGGUGACGCUGAGGGUAAGAUUCCAGUUGGACUCAUGGCAACGGGCGAGUGGUGUAGUGAAGAUGCGCUGCUGCAGUUUGGUUUUGAUGCCGAGGCCGCGGGUCAAGAAUUGCGAUGCAAGCCGCCUGUUUGGGAGGAUGUCAUUUCUCAGGCUAAAGCUGUUUCUAGAGAUGCGUUGAGCGGAGUUGUUACUGAGUAG